AUGUCCUCAGAGACACUGGUUGUUGCUGUUUAUCAACCUGGAUUGCUUGAAGUUGGUUGGACUGGGCCCACUGGGGUGAUUUGCAUGACCAACAACUCUUACAUUGUCAAAUACCCAAAAGCAUCCUCAGGUCACAACACUUACAACAAGAUACAUCUGGAGCAAAUGGUCACUGAAAGACAGAUCUAUGAAUGUCUUAGUCGUCAUGAAGGAGUUAUUCCCUACCACAGACCUUAUGAUGAUGACGGGGUGAUUAGAUUGACCUACACAAAUCAGUGUGAUCUCGAAAAAUAUAUUCCUGCCCACAAUAUGCCAUCUCAGUCAUUUUGUGCUGCUUGGGUGAACACUAUUUACUCGACGCUUGAUUUUUCAGCACGUAAUCCGGAAUGCGUCGAUGGAAAGGUCAACGCCGGAAACAUUAUCUUUAACUGGGGGUUGUGA